AUGGCGCCUGUGCCAAUGCCCUCCGCCUUGAGCUUAGAGCUCUUAGGCAAGUGUUCGGUCACGAAAGCCCGCGCCGCAACACUCCACCUCCCGCAUGGACCUGUUCCUCUUCCCAUCUUCAUGCCCGUGGCGACUCAGGCGUCACUGAAAGGUCUCACACCAGAGCAAUUGGAAGAGGCAGGAUGCAGACUAUGUCUCAACAAUACCUACCAUUUAGGCCUUAAGCCAGGUCAGGCCACGCUCGAUGCCGUAGGGGGUGCACACAAACUCCAGGCAUGGCCACACAAUAUCCUCACAGAUAGUGGUGGCUUCCAGAUGGUGUCGCUUCUGAAACUCGCAAAGGUUACUGAGGAAGGUGUUCGCUUUCUGAGUCCGCACGAUGGCUCGCCUAUGCUUCUCACUCCCGAGCAUUCGAUAUCGCUACAGAACUCCAUCGGCUCCGACAUCAUCAUGCAGCUCGACGAUGUGAUUGCAACGACACACCCAGACAUGGUCAGAAUGACAGAGGCGAUGGAGCGCUCGGUACGGUGGCUGGACCGCUGCAUCAAGGCGCAUAAAUAUCCAGAAAAACAGAAUCUGUUCUGCAUCAUACAAGGAGGUCUGGAUUUGGAUCUCAGGAGGAAAUGUACUGCAGAAAUGGUCGCCCGGGACACUCCAGGCAUUGCGAUUGGAGGCUUGUCGGGCGGCGAGGAGAAGGAUUCAUAUUGCAAGGUGGUCGACACGUGCACGUCGCUGUUGCCGGAAAACAAGCCUAGAUACGUCAUGGGGGUUGGAUAUCCAGAAGAUCUUGUUGUGUCCGUUGCGCUUGGAGCAGACAUGUUCGACUGCGUCUGGCCGACACGAACAGCGCGUUUCGGCAAUGCCAUCACAGCACAAGGCGUCAAGAACCUGCGAAACGCGGCCUACUCCGAGGACUUUGGCCCGAUCGAGGAAGGUUGCCAGUGCAUAUGCUGUCGGACACGAGAAGAAGGGGGUUUGGGCAUCACACGCGCGUACAUCUACCAUGUCACGGCAAAGGAAACGGCUGGAGCGCAUCUCCUCACGAUGCAUAACGUGUUUUACCAGUUGAACCUGAUGAAGCGGGUGCGUGAGGCCAUUCUGGAGGAUAGAUACCCGGCAUUUUUGAGAGAUUUCUUUUCGAAGCUCUAUGCUGACAAGAGCAAAUACCCAGAGUGGGCGGUGACGGCAUUGCGAGGGGUAGGGGUGGACCUCUUGAGCGAUUGACAUCAGGGUACAAGAGAGCAGUAGAUGUAUGAUAUCCAGCAUCCAUUGAUAUCCGCUUUUGAAAGAAGCAAC